AUGAGACUUUCCUUCGCCACACACGCAGUGCAUCAACAUUCGAAUUGCUGUCUAGGUCCACCUUUGCCUCUCUAUGUGAAGUCAACCAAACGGCUCCACCGGCUUGAAGGUUCAAAGUCAUUGAAACAAUUCACAUGUUUCCCGCGGCUACCGCAUGAACUGCAGCUUGCCGUCCUUCGCGCGGCCCUUGUAUCUUCUGAUCCCGUGGUACUCCCCACACCGCACAUCAAUGGGAUCAAUAUAAAUAUCCUGAAACCAUUCUGUAUCGUCGCUGAGAUAGCAUUUGUAACGCCUGCCAAACCACGGGCUGUUACUACGGAGGAAGGGCAAGAACUUGCGCGCCGUCUCGGGUGUAACUUUGUGGAAUUGACAUCUAAAACCUAUAAUGACGUUGAGAAUGUCUUUACAGGUCUUAUUCGCAAGCACAGAUCACGAGUCGCGGGGAUAUCUCGUUCAUCCGGUUACAUGCCACGAGGUCAAAAUCUGGCCCCCAUUGCUCAUAUCAGGGCUCUAAUAGGGGUUAUUCGCUCGCUGGCGAGGACUCUAAAGCAGCGGACAUUUCGUAUUUUUACUUGA